ACGGAACUAGCCGUUGUCCUGCCCCCAUUUCAAACGGCCUUCUCUCUCUCUUUCUCUCCUCUCUAUUAUUCGACGAUCGGCUUACGGACAAAAACCCCCGACUGACGAGUCCUCGCAUUCUCUUCUCAUCAUCGUCGCUCGAUACCCUGUGGCUUCGGUUUCUGCUCGAUCCGGUGAAGCGGCGAACGAGGUGAACGGAAGCAUACCAAGAUCUGUCCUUGCAUUUGCUGAAACGAUCUUAGGUUCUGGCACAUUACUGAACUGCGAGGUCUUUUGCCAAAGCGAGUAGUGUUUCCUUUCUCUAGCCUCUGCUAUUAGCCUCGGCGAUUUCGCUGUGCACUAGCCGCGGGUUCGAUCGGUGCGGCGGCAUCGAAUAUUUGGCUCAAAGCUUCAGGAGAGGGUUGCGCUCUAUCUUCCAAAACGACAAACAUUUGCAACAUCCCAACUGAUAAUUCACAAUGAUGACAUCAGCUCGGAUGCCUAGUACACCAGCCUCAAAGAUUGAAAGGAUGCCAAUCUGUACCCCUGGAGGUUCUAAAGUAAAAGAGGAGAAAAUUUUUGUCACCGUGCGUGUUAGGCCACUGAGUAAAAAGGAGCUAUCUCUUAAAGACCAAGAAGCAUGGGAAUGUGUUGAUGACAAUAAAAUUGUGUUCAAGAUGGCAGCUCAGGAUCGCUCCAAUUUACCAACUUCAUAUACCUUUGACAGGGUAUUUGGACCAACCUGUUUAACUGAGAGAGUCUAUGAAGAAGGAGCUAAGGAUGUUGCAUUGUCAGCACUAACCGGAAUUAAUGCUACAAUCUUUGCUUAUGGGCAGACUAGCAGUGGAAAAACAUAUACCAUGAGAGGGAUAGCUGAAAAAGCUGUAAAUGAUAUUUAUAAGCACAUACUUGAUACUCCAGAGAGGGACUUUACUGUCAAAAUUUCAGCUAUGGAGAUAUAUAAUGAGAUAGUGAGGGAUCUACUUAAGCCAGAUUCUGGCCCCCUUCGCUUGCUAGAUGAUCCUGAGAGAGGGACAAUUGUUGAUAAGUUGGAGGAAGAAACAGUAAAAGAUAGUCAGCAUUUGAGACAUCUAAUUGAAAUAUGUGAAGCACAAAGGCAAGUUGGUGAAACAGCCUUGAAUGAUAACAGUUCCAGAUCACACCAAAUAAUAAGGCUGACAGUGGAAAGUGUUAUGCGUGAGAAUUCAGACUGUGUUAAGUCGUUUGUUGCGAACCUGAACUUUGUGGACCUUGCAGGAAGUGAGAGGGCUGGACAAACCCAUGCAAGUGGGUCUAGACUCAAGGAAGGGUGUCAUAUAAAUCGCAGCUUGUUGAAUCUUACGACAGUAAUCAGAACCUUGAGUCAAGGGAAACAAGGUGUUCAUAUUCCAUAUCGAAAUUCAAAGCUGACACGUAUAUUGCAGAGCUCUCUAGGAGGGAAUGCAAGGACUGCAAUAAUUUGCACUAUGAGUCCAGCACUAGGUCAUGUAGAACAAUCUCGAAAUACAUUGUUUUUUGCAACUUGUGCUAAGGAAGUAAUGAACACGGCACGAGUGAAUGUGGUUGUUUCCGAAAAACAGUUGGUUAAACAGCUGCAGAAGGAAGUAGCGAGACUUGAAGCAGAAUUGCGCACGCCAGAAGCUUCUGCAAGCUUUGAAGCUCUUCUAAUGGAGAAAGAGUUGAAAAUUAAGCAGAUGGAAAUGGAGAUGGAAACUCUGAAAAGAGAUAGGGACCUUACCCGAUCCCAAUUAGAUCAAUUACGUUCUAAAAUGGGUAAUUGUCAGGGACUGAAUCCAUUUGAUUCUCUGCCUCAAGGUUUGAAUCCAUUUGAUUCAUCCCCUUGUCGAGUGGUAAAAUCUCUUACCUUUUCCGGCUUGUCACCAAAUGGAAAUGACAAGAGUCACAAAAAGGCAGAACGGACAAGAAACCCGAUGAGGCAAUCUUCAACUAUUCCAUCCAUGCUUGUGCAUGAAAUUCGAAAACUUGAACAAUUACAAGAGCAGCUUGGAGAGGAGGCUAAUAGAGCUCUAGAGGUUUUGCAGAAAGAGGUGGCUUGUCAUAGACUAGGUAACCAAGAUGCUGCAGAAACUAUUGCCAAACUUCAAGUAGAAAUUCGAGAAAUGCGUACCUUCAAAUCCCCUAGUACAGAGGUUGGCACCUGCAGCAUGGAUGCCAACCAGAGUUCGGGAGCAAACCUGAAAGAAGAAAUUACAAGACUCCAUACACAGGGAAGUUCUAUUGCCAGUCUUGAGGAGAAGUUGGAAAGUGUCCAGAAGUCUUUAGACAAGCUAGUCAUGUCUCUUCCUGGCAACAAUCAUUCUAAUGAAGCGACUCCAAAAUCUUCAAAGUCCCAAAUCAAGAAGAAGAAGAUGCUUCCUUUGACCAUGAGUAGUAAUGCUAACCGACCUCAUCUUAUAAGAGCCCCAUGCUCGCCUUUGUCAGCCUCCCGGCAGGUGUUGGAAUCUGAGGUGGAGAACAGGGUCCCAGAAACUGAUACUGAAUCCCACGAGAACAUAUUGGGUUCAGAGAAAGCUACUCCAUCUAAGAGCGAAGAUGGUGGAGAUAUCUCAUCAAGGGAUGGCACACCGCGCUAUCAUCGUUCCAGUUCUGUAAACAUGAAAAAGAUGCAACAAAUGUUUCAGAAUGCUGCAGAAGAAAAUGUGAGGAGCAUAAGAGCAUAUGUCACAGAACUAAAAGAACGAGUGGCUAAGCUUCAGUAUCAAAAACAGCUGUUGGUUUGCCAGGUGUUGGAACUAGAGACAAACGAGUCUGCAGGACAUGAUGCAGCAGAGGGUGAUGAUAAUAUGUCAGAACUAGAUAAAUCCCCCGAUGCAUGGAAUCUCAGAUUCGAGGAACAAAUGCAUCAGAUCAUUAAUUUAUGGGACAUUUGCCAUGUAUCAAUAAUACACCGCACCCAAUUUUAUUUGCUAUUCAGAGGUGCCCCUGCUGAUCAGAUAUACAUUGAAGUAGAAGUUAGAAGAUUGACAUGGCUGCAACAGCACUUUUCUGAAAUCGGUAAUGCGAGUCCUGCUCAAUUGGGGGAUGAUUCGACAAUUACUCUCUCCUCAAGUAUUAAAGCCUUGAGACAUGAAAGGGAGUUCCUGGCUAAGAGGAUGCAAUCAAGAUUGACCGAGGACGAACGACAGCGAUUGUACAUCCAGUGGCAAGUGCCCCUCGAAGGGAAGCAAAGAAAGCUUCAGCUGGUCAACAAGCUGUGGACAGACCCAAACGAUACAGCCCACAUUGAAGCAAGUGCUGAUAUAGUGGCUCGCCUGGUAGGUUUCUGUGAGGGAGGAAACGUGACCAAGGAGAUGUUUGAACUCAAUUUUGCACUGCCUUCUUGCAAAAAACCAUUGCUUCUUGGUUGGCAGCCUAUAUCAAACUUUCUAAGGCUAUGAUUUGGAGCCUCUCAGGGAAUGUCAUACUCCAUGAGGUCAUCCUAAUGCUGUGAUAGAGGUAGAAGUGAGUUAGCUGGGAUGGUCUCAGGCUCUCAACUAACAAAGAGGACAUGCUGGGGGCAAAACGGAGGCGAAGUCGUUUCCAAAAAUAUAGGAAAUCAAUUGUAUUCGAAGAUAAUUAGAAUGCAGUUGCUCUGUAUAAAUGGUGCAGUUAAUGAGCAUUUUUUCUCGCGGAGAAACAUUAAAAAUGUACGUUGAUUCUUUCUGCUUAUUUCAUACGUGUUAGCCUGCUGUAGAUUA